CGUAUCCACCCUCGCUCGAAGGAGGGCAGCCUUCCUCGCUCGAAGGGGCGGGUCCGUGCUCUCGAAGGGCAGGCGCAUCCUCCCUCGCUCUCAGGCCGGGUCGAGCGAGCGAGUGAGGGAAGAGCGGAGCGAGGGAAGGGCAGAGCGAGGGGUCGAAGGGGGGAAUGGCGUAUCCUCCCUCUCCCUCGCUCGAAGGGCAGGCGUAUACUCCCGCUCUCGAUGGAGGGCGUAUCCCCCCUCCCUCGAAGGAGGGCGUAUCCGCUCGCUCUCAGGCCGGGCGUAUCCGCUCGCUCGAAGGGCGUAUCCUUCCUCGCUCGAAGAGUCGAGCGCGCGUAUGCGCUCUCAUGUCGGGUGGAGCGAGCGAGAAGGUCGGGCGCGGGAGCCGCUCGCUCUCGAAGGAGGGCGAGCGAGCGAGUGAGCGAGGGUCGGGCGUAUCCUCCUUCGCUCUCAAGCGGCGUGCGUAUCCUCCCUCGCUCGCUCGAAGGGAAGGCGUAUCCUCCCGCCCGCAAGAAGGCGAGUAAGGAAAGGGCGCGGGUGUCCGCUUUCAGGCCGGGUGAAGCGAGGGGGCAAGGGAAGGAGCAAGCGAGCGAGCGAGUGAGGGAGGGAGGGCGUACCCGCUCGGAGGGCGUAUCCUCCCUCGAGGGCAGGGUGCGCGUAUCCGCCCUCGCUCGAUGGGUCGGCCGCUCUCGCUCGCUCGCAGGACGUCGCGCGUAUCCGCUCUCAUGUCGGGCGCGGGAGCGUGCGAGCGGGGGACGAUUGGUGGAGCGAGUGAGGGCGAGUGAGCGAGUGAGGGAGGGAGGAGCGAGCGGGGGAGCGAGUGAGCGAGGGAGGAAAGGGCGGAGCGAGUGAGGGAGGGAAGGAGGGAGGGAAGGGCUAUCUCUCUCGCCCUCCUCCCCCAGUAUCUGUCUCACCCUCCUCCCAACCGUUCUCGGUUGACAGGCCUCCUUUUGCGCCCAUCCUCCGCCCUCAUCCCCCAGAAACUAUCUCGCCCCUUCCCCGUCUCACCCCCUCUCGUCGCCCCUCGUCUUCCUCUUGCCCCCUCUUCUCACUCGCUCCCUCUUGCCCCCUCGUCUUCCUCUUCCCUCUUGCCCCCUCUUCUCACUCGCUUCCUCUCGUCCCCUCUUCUCACUCGCUUCCUCU